GCUCUACAACACUAACUUUAUCAAUGUCGAGCAGCUUUAAAAAAUGCCUAUCGAUAAUAUCGCACAUGCCAUCAUUUGAAUGUCAUAAGUCACUUAGAAAAACAUUCUUUUGUUUGUUGUAUAGAUUUCCUAUUAUUUAUAACAAUGAAUUUAGUGCAUGAAUCUGAUUUUAUACAAACUGGUAAUGAGUACACUUUGAAUUCUCAAAAUAAUCUUGGAGAAAAUGCCGAUGUCACUAGGCGUAGAAGCUCAAAUAGAUCAAUUAAACGUAGAAAAUUUGAUGAUGAAUUGGUAGAAUACAGUUUGGGUAUGCCAGGAGUGUCUAAUAUAAAGAGUGGAAGAUCGCGUACACAUUCUUCCCAUUCUGAAUUACCGGUUGCUUCUCCUUCAACGCCGCCAGCAUUACCGCAACCCUCGACUUCACAAAAUUUUGUAGACCCCAAAAGAAAACAAGUCUCUAAAAGUUUACUAGGUUCAACUAAAAGGGGUAAAAAAGGUGGAAAACUCGGGGGGCAGUACACGGCUAAGGAUUUAGGUCGAUGGAAACCCGUAGAUGACUUAGCUCUUAUUAUAGGAGUUCAACAAACUAAUGAUUUAAGAACUGUGCAUUUAGGUACAAAAUUUUCUUGUAAGUUUACUGUCCAAGAAUUGCAACAAAGAUGGUACGCUCUGUUAUAUGAUCAAGCCGUUUCAAGAGUAGCAGUUUCUGCAAUGAGAAAUCUUCAUCCAGAUAUGAUAGCUGCUGUACAAGAUAGAGCUCUUUGGAGUCAGCAAGAAGAAAAAAUCCUUAGUACUAUUAAAUCUAAUACAACACCUCCUCCGACAAUAGAAACCUUUGCAGAUCUUCUUUCUCAACAUCCUUCAGUAUUCUAUACAGGCCGAACAUCUGCUUCAUUAUUUCGUCAUUGGCAAAGUCUUAAAAUGUAUAAUCUUCUGCCGGAUCAAUCAAUCGGACCACUUCCAACAUCCGCUCGUCCUAUAAUGACAUUCAAUGAUUGCGAAGAAUUUGUUCAGGAUACAGAUUUAAGUGAACCACCCGACGAAGCUCUAGAUAAAGAAUUACAACUUCAACAGAGAAGGAAUAUUAAAGAAAUUAGGCAAUUGGAAAAUGAGGUUGGAAGAUGGAAUGUAUUAGUUGAUAGUGUUACAGGAGUAUGUCCCGGUAUGAUAGAUAAUCAAACACUGGCUGUUCUGAGAGGCAGAAUGGUUAGAUAUCUGAUGAGGAGUAGAGAAAUAAGUAUCGGUAGAUCUGGAAAAGGUCAUGUCGUUGAUAUUGAUCUCGCUCUCGAAGGACCAGCAUAUAAAAUAUCACGUAGACAGGGUACUUUAAGGUUAAGAAACACUGGCGAAUUUUAUCUUUCUUCUGAAGGAAAAAGACCCAUAUUUGUCGAUGGCAGACCAAUUACAGCCGGUAAUAAAAUCCGUUUAUAUGAUAACGCUGUGGUGGAAAUUGCCUGUUUAAGAUUUAUUUUCUUUAUUAACCAUGAUUUGAUCAGGGCAAUUCAUAAUGAAUCAGUUAGAUACAAUUUACCACCAUAAAAGUCUUAUUUUAUUAUUAAAACAAUGUGUAAUAACAGUUUGAAAAGUAUAUAGUAUUAAAUGUUAAAUUUUAUUAAA